AUGCAUCUAUGAUGAUCUCAAUAGUCAACACGUCAUUUUCAGUGCGCAUAUAAAAUGGAAUUGCUCAAAUGCGGUGCAUACAGUUAAUGAUUAGCAAUAGAUGCAGUUGCAGCUUAUUUACAUACAGGCUUGUAAAGUGCAUGUGAAGUGAUUGGAAAUAAUUUCUGAUAAACAUGGACUUAAGCAAGAUAAAUGAAAUUGCAGCUACGAGCUACACGAGUAAGCCGAAAAAGAGCCUGUACGAGCUACCGCUUAACCAAUACCAGACUGUACUUUCAAUAAGAAUCGUACAAGGACGUUUUGGACAGGUGCCGUUGGUGGAGCUACAAAAUUUUGUAGUGUUUCUACCAGGGAGAGCGACGGAAGUGAUCAUCGAAAACUUAGAAAAUUUCACUCCGGGACGUUACGCAAUUGCGUAUACAGGCAGCGUGCCCAGCUCUUUCGGGGAUAAUCAAGUUCACCAUUUUAAGCUUAAGGACCUACACGAAUAAGUAAGAACACUUGUAUUAUAGGCUAAUAUUGUUAUUCUCAAGGUAAAGUAAUAUUGAUUUGUUUUACAUGAAAUUCAAUGGACCUUUCAGAACCAUUCAGUGAAUCAGUCAAAAAUACUGUUAAGAUUUUUAAAAAAGCUUAUGAAACUCAUACUGAAAAAAAAAAUGCUUCUGAAUCAGAUAAAAAACGCUGGAUAAAACUGAUUAAUGAAAAUUUAAUAAUUUUUCACAAAGCUCUUAAAAAUAAAUAUAUUAGUGUUAAUACACGAAAAGCUGUUCAUACUGGUGUGGUACACUUGAAAAGAUAUAAAUUUUUUCAGAGUCCUUUCAUGUAGGUCGUGGUACAUUUAGUACGCCAAAAAGGGUUGUAUGGGAAGAUACUGAGUCAACCUUUGUUAGUCGAAUUCAUACUGGUGUUAUUAUAAAUUUAAAACAUGUUGAUAUACAUGAUUUUUUCCUUGAUGCGUUCAAUCUAUUCGAGCAUCAAAUACAAAAUAAAUUGUCCGUAAUGUCCAUUUUGAAAGUAAAUGGGACCUUUUGUGGUGAAUUUAUUAAGUCUUCGAAUGGUACAGAUAUCAAUGAUUUUAAAUAUUUCAAUACCAGAAAUGCUAUCAUUGAUCAAAGUACAAAUUUACAACAAUGGUACAAAGAUAACAUUGUUGAUAAAAUUUUGAACAAGCUAUCAGAAUUUCAAGAAAGAUUGAGUGGCUGGUCGUUAUUAAAGAUUAUCUCUUUAGAAAUUAAUAUAAAUAAAGUGGAAUUUGGUAACGUAAGUUCAUCAUACGUGAAAUUACCUACUCAAAUUGCUCGGAAAAAGGCGUGUAUCAAUAUAAAAAAUCAUAAUGAUAAUGCAUGCUUUGCCUGGUCUAUAAUAAGUGCCCUUUAUCCUGCUAAAAGUCAUACGGAUAGAACCUCGUCCUAUCCUCGUUAUACGGAAGUUCUUAACUUAGAAGGGUUGGAAAUGCCCGUUCGCUUAAUAGAUAUAAGUAAGUUCGAGGAAAUGAAUAAAAUUUCUGUUAAUGUUUUUGGAGCUGAGUUGAUUGUACAGGAGAGUAAAUCUUUUUAUAACAUUGUACCAUUAAGACUCACUCAAAAAAAACUGUUAAAACAUGUCAACCUGUUAAUGAUACAGAACAAAUAUUAUCCCAAAUUAAAUGAUUUCGAACCGUUACCAUUGGAAAAUGAUGAUUUUAGCACAGAUGAUGAUGAUUUUGAAAUUACUUAUCAUUACGUGUAUAUUAAAAAUCUUGCUCGUUUAGUAAGCUAUCAAUUAAGUAAGGCUCACAGUAAGAAAUGGAUUUGUGAUAGAUGUCUUCAAUACUUCCAUACAGAGAAGCAGCUACAUGAACAUGAAAUCCACUGUCAAAAAUUGAACGAUUACAAAAUAUCAUUUCCUAAAGACACUAUCCUAAAAUUUAAGAACUUCCGAUAUGCGGAGAAAGUACCUUUUAUAAUUUACGCUGACUUUGAAUCAAUGUUACUACCAUUCAGUGAAACUAACAAAAAAUCAACAUUGUCGCAUAUGAUCAAGUAUCAAAAACAUGAAGCAUUCAGCGCCGGUUAUUAUUUCAAGUGCAGUUACGAUGAUUCAUUAUCAUUUUAUAAAUCCUAUCGCGGUAUAGAUUGUAUACAGUGGUUUUCAAAAGAAAUGGAGGAAAUGUCAAAGUUUGUUCAGUCAAAACUUCAAUUUGUUGUUCCAAUGAAUACAUACGUUGAUUUUAAAAAUGUUAGUUCGCAUUGUCAUAUAUGUAAGAAACCAUUCAAAGCUGACUCUAAAAUUGUAAGGGACCACUGUCAUCUGAGUGGUGAUUUUCGGGGAUUUGCUCAUUCUAAAUGUAAUUUAAAUUAUAAAAACUCAUUCAUAGUUCCAGUUGUGCUUCAUAAUUUGAGCCGUUAUGAUUCUCAUUUUAUAAUUAAGGACAUUGCAAAAUCUAAUCGAGUUGUUUUGCUUCCAUUAAAUAAGCAAAAAUAUAUUUCAUUCACUAUCCGAAACAAUGUAUCCGAUAUUGCGUUCCGUUUCAUAGAUUCCUUUAGAUUUUUGGCUGCAUCUUUGGAUAAACUUGUUAAUUUGUUAGAUAUCGGAGCUUUACACAUAUUAAAAAAAGAGUUUGGACACUUGAACGAUGAAAAGUUUGAGUUGCUAACAAAAAAAGGUGUAUUUCCAUACGAUUAUGUUGACUCAUGGCAAAAGUUGAAUGAAACAGAACUACCUAUACAUGAACUAUUUUACAAUAGACUAAAUGACACAAACGUUAGCAAUAACGAGUACCAACGUGCUAAAGAUGUGUGGACCAAUUUCGAAAUUCAGAACAUCGGACAAUAUAGUGAUCUUUAUUUGAAAACAGACAUUAUCUUAUUAGCAGACGUUUUUGAAAAUUUUAGACAAACUGCUCAUAGGACGCACGGUUUAGAUCCUGCAUGGUAUUAUACCCUACCAGGUUAUACAUUUGAUUGUAUGCUACGCUAUACCGGAUGUAAGAUUGAAAUUUUAAAAAAUGUUGAUAUGCUAUUAUUUGUAGAACGUGGCAUACGCGGAGGAAUCUCUCAAUGUUGUAAUAGGUAUUCAAAGGCUAAUAACAAAUAUCUACCGGAUUAUGAUAGCUCUGCACCAUCAACGUUUAUCAUUUAUUUGGAUGUUAAUGCAUUAUACGCAUUUGCUAUGACUCAGUAUCUUCCUUAUGCAGGGUUUGCUUGGAUGGAAAAUGUUGAUACGUUGAAUGUACAUGAUAUUGCAGAUGAUGCAGAUAUUGGUUACAUACUCGAAGUAGACCUUGAGUAUCCAAAGUAUUUGCACGAUGAACAUAAAGAUUUUCCGCUAUGUCCAGAGCAUCGAGUACCACCAGGUUCAAAAUUAUCAAAAUUAAUGACAACUCUCUACGAUAAAACAAAUUACAUAAUUCAUUAUAGAAAUUUAAAACAAGCUUUAGCACAUGGCUUAGUUUUGAAAAAGUACACCGCAUUUUGCAAUUUAAGCAAGCUGCUUGGAUGAAACCUUACGUAGAGAUGAAUACAAAAUUACGUAUGCUAGCUACAAAUGAUUUUGACAAAACCUUGUAUAAAGACCUUGUCAACUCCUGUUUUGGAAAAUGUAUGGAAAAUGUUCGAAAGCAUCGUCUAGUCCGUAUCACUAACAAAUGGGAAGGUCGGUAUGGUGCAAGGAAACUAAUAGCCAGCCCCAAUUUUCAUAGCAGAGUAGUCUUUGAUGAUAAUCUCGUAGCGAUUGAAAUGAAAAAAACCGAACUUCUCUUCAACAAGCCCCUAUAUAUUGGAAUGACGAUUUUGGACAUUUCCAAAGUAUGCUUAUAUGACUUUCACUAUAAUUACAUGUUGAAAAAAUUCCCAUUAAAUACGUGUAAGACCCUGUAUAUGGACACAGACUCGAUGACGUAUGAGGUAAAAUGUGCAGAUUUUUAUUUAGACGUAAUCAAACAAGAUUGUUUUCAAUAUUUUGAUACCAGCGAUUAUCCAACAGAUAAUGUGUAUAACAUACCGUUGGUUAAUAAAAAGGUUCCGGGAAUUAUGAAGGAUGAAUAUAAAGGUAUACCGUUAACCGAAUUCGUUGGUCUCAGAUCAAAAAUGUACUCUAUAAAACGAUUAACAACGCCUAAGGAAAUAGAAGAUAUGCGGUUGAGUCUGCUUGAAAGUGGUUGUACUGGAGAUACUGCGGAAAUUAUCAUGUCAAAUAUAGGUGUUACUAAGAAAAUCAAAGGAGUCAAAAAAUCUGUAGUUGAUGCGAAAAUAACAUUUGAUUGUUACUUGAACUGUUUGAAAAAUUUAGAAGUGCAGUCAUUUAAUCAGAAUUUAAUCAGAUCUGAGAAUCAUAAUAUUUUUUCAAUUACGCAGUUGAAAAAAGCUCUCAGUCCAUACGAUGAUAAACGUUAUUUAAUCAAAAACAGUCAUGAUACUUUACCUUGGGGACAUUAUAGCAUAGCAUCAAACGAAGAAAUGUAACAUGUACAAUUUUAUUUUAGGUAUGAUAAGUCUUAGAGAAUUAUCACUUAAAAAAGUUGCAGAAUGUGUAAAAUCAAUCGUUACUUUUACUAAUGUGUCACCAUUACCAUGGACACUAACUGUGGAAGUUAUCAAGUGUUAUGCGAAUUUUAAAUGGACAAAAAUAUUGCUUGAAGCACACGAUAAUCCUUUAACAGAUAUUUUAAUUAUACAAGCAGUGGAGCAUACAAGGGAAAUACCUAGUGAAACCCAUAGGAAGGCACUUUUAUGUCAAGCAAAUUUUGAAGACAUAUAUAUUUUUCCAAAGUAUUGUGUUUGGGUUAACAUUUGUUACAUUCCAGAAUAUAAUUUAAGAUUAUGUUGGGGUUGCUGUAACGCAUUUAUGGUAGUAAUGGGCCACUGGAAUAAAAAAAGACCUACUGUUCUUCGAGACCAUUAUCGUAUAACACUACUGGUUCAAGAAAUUCAUCGCUUAUACAGAUCUACAAAUAUGUACUGUCAAAAUGACUUUUUGGAACUAUUGUUUGGUUUGAAAGACGAAUAUACUUGUGUAAAUGACCUACAUAACAUCGAUCAUUAUAAUAAUAAUCACCCAUAUGUUACGAGAUUUGUAGAUUCUGGUAACGAUGAUUCCGACAUUGACUUUUAAGAAUGUAUGUAAAUGUGCUUGCAUAUACUGCUAAACAUUGACUGUAUCAUAAAAUAUAUGUAACGAAAAUAAAAAUACGUUUUGCAAUAUGUCUGU